AUGCUAUCCCAACAGCAACAACCACAGCAACAGCAGGGCCUCCAUCGCCCUAGCCCCAGAAUCCUCUCCACAAAACGCCUACAUUCCCACCACCCAGAUAGCUUCUCCUCCAGAUACCGAGCCGGCAAGGCCAAACCGCGAUCUCGCGAACAAUCAGUCGUCGCAUCACGACGUCUCCAUCGCAGCAGACACACCCCCGACACACCCCCAGAUGGAAGCAACUCCUCCCUCUCCCACGGCGUAAUAACCCUCACCAUCGGCCCAACCAAACGCCUCUUCGCCGCACACAAAGACAUCCUCUGCGUCUCGCCCUACUUCGCAGCCCUCUGCAAUCCUCCCAACAAUGACACCUCCUCUUCUUCCUCCCCCUCUUCUUCCCCUUCCUCCUCACCCAGCCCUACCAAAUCCAUGAAAACAAUCGACCUCCCCGACGAACAACCCGAAAUCUUCUCCUGCGUCCUCGAAUACCUCUACCGCGGCGACUACUACCCCCGUCUCCGCCACGACAAAUCCACCAACACAUGGGACUUGGAAACAACAACCCCCUCCACCUCAUCCUCCACUCCUAAUACCAGAAAUAAUACUACCACUAAUACCAAAGACACCACCGACCCCAGCGCCAUCAUCUUCCACCCAGCCGUAGGAGCAGAAAUCCUCCGCGACACCGCAGUAUACUGCGCAGCCGAAAAAUACUCCCUCGAGCAUCUCAAACGCCUCUCGUUGAAAAAGCAAGGCCUCCAUUCUAACAUCCCCUGCCAUAUUAUCCUGAGCAGUGCGCGGUAUGCGUACAUGCACACGCCGGAUACGGAGAGUAAGCUGCGGGCGCAUUAUCUGGCGCUGAUUAUACGCAGUCGGGGAACGUUCAAGCGGAGUGGGACGAUGCAGAUGGAGAUGGAACGUGGGGGGAAGUUGUUUUUUGAUUUGUUUGUGGCGAUGUGUAAUCAUAUGGAUGAUCUUGAGGAGGCGGCGAGGGGUGAAGGGACGUGUUAG